GCUUGAACUCACACAAAUCAGACUAUCACAGUUCCAGGGAGUCUGUAGCACUGAACCAGACACAGGUGAGGCAUCAGCACCGUGAAGGAUGACUGUUACUGUCGUCAAAGACAAGAAAGUGACUGUGGUCACUGUAGCGGCGGACAGUAGGAGCAUGUGGCCAACGCUCUGUCAAAUCUUGAAGAUUCUUUGCUACAGACGCAGGUGCUGCUCGGUGUACAAGGCACGGCUGCAGACGAGUGUUACAGCCGCUCUUGGGACUAUACAGAUCAUGGUGGGCCUAUUCAGCACUGGACUUGGACCAGGACGAAUAAGCACAGGUCCUGAGGAUUUUGCCAGUCGGGGAGGUGUUUACUGGCUGAGUGGAGUGUUCAUCGCAGUUGGAAUCAUGACGAUUUUAGCUGGCCAGUACCCCAAUCUUUGCUUGAUGGGCUUCACCGUGUUUAUGAACAUCAUCGGAUUGAUCUCUGCCAUUAUUCACAUUGUGCUGUACGGAAGAGACCUGGCAAAUUCCUCUGUACUCAAUUUAUGUGACCGCUCCUGGUACAAUGCUGGUAAUGACAAUGACGCCUGCAGAAGAGUGGCGUUCUAUGCCCAAGAUUUGUUGACAGGCAUCGACAUUACGUCAAUUGUUCUGGGUGUUCUCCAGCUGUGUGUCAACAUUAGCUUUGUUGUUCUGGGCAUCAAGGCUUUGGUCAAUAGGAAGAAGGAAGAGCAGGGUGAUGAAGAUGUUGAGGUUCUCCAGCCUGAGUUUAAGGAAGUCCUCAUGACAAGUCCUGGUGCUUAAAAUCAGUUCAACAAAAGACAUGGGUGCAUGAGAACGAAUAAGCAUCACAUCACUGUAAUCAGUCUUUUACAUAUAUUAGCUGAAAAUAAUCAAAAGCACAUUGUAUUACAAAGACAAAAUUUCCACUUUCUGUAUUACCAGUUUGGGGUUGUGUAGCAAAAAAUGUAUUCCUGAGACUUUUGUAGUGUGAUUGCAAGUGUUUUAAUGCCUGUGAGUGAUGUUUUCAAGUAAACUUCCAUGAAUAAAAACAUUUUUUCUUUUGGAUAUUUCAUUUCCAAACAAACAAACACUUAGAAAGGUAGUUGUGUGCAAUGUUUAGGCU